AUGACGGCCGAUAGAAAUGUACAGCUCGCCAGUGACCUCCGCCUAAGUGUAGUGCUUGUUUUCAUCACGGGAGGUGGCAGUCUUGUUGUUUGCGGCGGCGAUGGUGUAACGUCGGGGGCAAGCUCUGGGGUGUGGAUAAGACAAGGAACCGGAAGGAAAGAUUAUACGCAUUUUCGCGAUAUGGCAGCAGGGGCUUCCUUCAAAGUCGAAAACGUCAAUCCGCUCCCUCCCCCACUCCCAGCCGCCAAGGCCCCCUAUGAAGAAGCGAACGACUGGCGGAGCGAGUGGGUGAUUCGGGCGCGCUCAGGGAGGGGGCGGAGGCACAGGGCGGUACGCAGAUCGCGACUUGUCGUUGAGAGUUACUGA